UUUGGCUCUGAACUUCUGUCAGCCAAAUUAACAAACACCUUCCGCGCACUCUUUUCUCUCUCAAAUGCCAAGCAUUCUACUGAGGAUUUUUCUUCUCUAUAACCUUAUUAAUUCCUUCCUCCUCACUCUUGUUCCCAAGAAGUUCAGAGUCUUCUUACCCACUUCUUGGUACCCACAACAAAUCAACAGUCCGCAAUUGUUGCCAGCCCAGAAAAGAAUGGAGAUGACAGAGUUGAAGAGGGUGUUUCAAAUGUUCGAUCGCAACGGCGAUGGGCGUAUAACGAAGAAGGAACUAAAUGAAUCAUUGGAGAACAUGGGCAUCUUUAUCCCGGACAAGGAGCUAGCCCAGAUGAUCGAAAAGAUCGAUGUUAAUGGAGAUGGGUGUGUGGAUAUUGAGGAGUUUGGGGUGUUGUACCAGUCAAUCAUGGAUGAGAGGGAUCACGAAGAGGACAUGAUGGAGGCAUUCAAUGUGUUUGAUCAAAAUGGAGAUGGGUUUAUUACAGUUGAUGAAUUGAGGUCUGUGUUGGGAUCUCUUGGGCUUAAGCAAGGGAAGUGUGUAGAGAAUUGCAAGAAGAUGAUAAUGAAAGUUGAUGUGGAUGGAGAUGGAAUGGUUAACUAUAAGGAGUUCAAGCAAAUGAUGAAAGCAGGUGAUUUCAGUGCUAUGUCUUGAGAAAGUCUCAAGGGUUUUGUACAUAAGUCUAGAAUUUUUUUGACUUGUUUUUUUGAGUUUAUGUACUUUUUGACAUCUUUUAAGAUUGUUUUUUUCUGAACAUUUUGGUUUUGUUUAUGAUUUAUUGCUAGAGAUGAAUCCUAGCAGAGCGAGAGCCAUUCUUGUGUAAGAACUUUUCUAAAGGCAAUGUCUUGUUUAUGGAUUAUCAUGUCCCAAAUUUGCAA